GCAGAGGUCACGUGUUGUUUGUGCUAUGGUCCGUAGAGAUGUGUACAGAGCGAGUGAGAGGCAGAUUGGCAGCCCCGCGAGGAGGAUCUACCCAUAAUAGAAACUGGUAAUGUGGUCAUGUUGCAGUCGCUUGGCUUGAAUUGGGCGAGCACUGGCUGGAUAUCCGUUUUCAUGAAGCGGCCUACAGGAGAACAUCACUGGAGGGAAUAGAUUGCGCCCCUCGACCGCCUCUGCUGCUGCUGGAGCUGCUGCUGCUGGAGCUGGACCUUUUUAUCCAUCCCCCCGCCCCCCCCAAAACAAGAAUGGGGUCUCAAACCACAACACCACGGCUGAGAUAGAUAGAGCGACUGCGUUUGGUUCUCUGAUGGCAAAUUUUGCAAGUUACCGGGGGAGCAAGGAGGACAUGCUGAUGCUGGAGCCGCAGCAGAGGCUUAUUGGGACUAAACCGGCGGCGAACGGCGAUUCCUCUGCUGGGGAACCCCCUGCUUCUUCCCUGUUUAGUAGUAUUAGUAGUAGUAGUAAUGGCAGUGGCGGCGGUGGUGGUGCUGGCGGUUCUCGCUUCCACCAUCAACACUUACCGCCUCCUUCUAACCACCAGGCUCCUCCACAGCCACAGCUGAAGGGACAACAACAACAACAGCAGCAGAUACAGCUACAGCAGCACCACUACCACCACCAGCCGCACACGCAGACGCACACGGAUGGCGAGAACCCGGUACUUGAGGGCACCUCCACAGCUUCUACUUCAAGCCACACACAAGCCACACAGGCUACCUCAGCUGCUGCCUCUGCUGCUGCCACUGACGGGGUGGAUGAUAUUAGAAAGUGCGGCUACCUGAGGAAGCAGAAACACGGCCACAAGAGGUUUUUUGUCCUGCGCUCCUCAAGCCAUUCAGGGCCAAGCCGCCUGGAGUACUAUGACAGUGAGAAGAAAUUUCGUAGUAGCCUGCGCUCUGCUGCUGCUGCCGCCGCCGCCACUGCUGCCUCCACAGCCUCCACCUCAUCCUCAUCCACCUCCACUUCAUCAGCCGGUGCUGCUGCCACUGCCUCCCCUCCCAAAAGGGUAAUCUAUCUCUACCAGUGUUUUACUGUCAACAAAAGGGCAGAUUCAAAGAACAAACACCUCAUAGCUCUGUACACUAAGGAUGAGUACUUUGCCAUCGUGGCUGAGAACGAGCAAGAGCAGGAGGACUGGUACCUGGCUCUGAGUGAGCUGAUGAGUGAGGACAAGAAAGGCCACAUGGAUGCCGAUGAGCACCUGGAUGACUGCUAUGGCACGGCACUGACCCCCGGCACUGUCUUCAAGGAAGUGUGGCAGGUGAAUGUGAAACCCAAAGGCUUAGGACAGACUAAAAACCUCACUGGUGUGUACAGGCUGUGCCUCUCUUCAAAGACCAUCCACUUGGUGAAACUGAACUCCGACACCCCAUGUGUGAACCUGCAGCUGAUGAACAUCCGGCGCUGUGGCCACUCGGAGAGCUUCUUCUUCAUAGAGGUAGGCCGCUCUUCAUCAAUUGGCCCUGGGGAGCUGUGGAUGCAGGUGGACGAUUCUGUGGUGGCUCAGAACAUGCAUGAAACCAUUUUAGAGACCAUGAAAGCUCUGAAGGCCUUUGCUGAGUUCAGGCCACGGAGUAAAAGCCAGUCGUCAGGCUCUAACCCCAUGGCUUUCAUCACCACACGCCGCCACCUGGGAAACCUUCCUCCUAGCCAGACUGGACUCCAGCGGCGUUCACGAACUGAGUCUGUGGUGGGUACCCCACCUAGCAGCAAGAGCAGUGGUGCCAGUGGGUACCGCUUCCGCACCUCUAGUGAAGGUGAGGGCACCAUGAACCGCCCCUUUCGGUCUGUCACUGGCAGCCUGAUGCAUCUCAAUACUGCCCGUGCUAACCUGAGCAGACAGGAGAGCAGCAGCAGUGGUGGUGGAGCCAGUAACCGAUAUGUACGAGCCCUGCCGGGUGCCACCUACCACGCGCGGUCUGCCUCUCUUCCUGUCUCCCAUUUCCCCUCCACCACCAGUCCAGUCAGUGUGUCCAGCAGCAGUGGGCAUGGCUCUGUCACAGACACCAUCACGCGCCCCUCCAGCGCUUCCAUCUGUGGCUCCCCCAGCGAUGGGGGCUUUAACUCCUCUGAUGAGUAUGGUUCCAGUCCUGGAGACUUCCGCUACUUUAGGGUACGCAGCAACACACCUGAUUCGCUGGGGAACACGCCACCCAUCCGUGAGGAGCACUGUCUGAGUGACUACAUGGCUAUGGGCUGGAACCGAGACAUGUUUGGUGGGGGUAGCACUGGAGAGGCCUCCCGUGAUGAGAGUGCAGAUGAAGAUUCACGGACAGGAUCUUUCAGGAGACGGACACCUUCCUUCUCAAGACAAGUUAGCGGCAUGAGUGGAGUUGCUGUUUACCAGAAAACUACUCAGACCAAUUUCUCGCUGGACGAGGCUGUGGCUGAGGGAUCUCUGGGCAGCAGUGGCCAGCCAGCCUCCACCUCCUCCUCGCUCCGCUCCGACUACAGCUCCAGUUCUGAACACAGCCAGGACAGACCCCCUGCUUUGCGAGCAGCUGAUUCCUUAAGAGAUGAUGGAUAUAUGCCUAUGAUGGCUGGGGUGGUGCCUUCCCCACGUGACACAGACUACAUGCCUAUGCAACCCAGUGCUUUUCUCUCUGCUACCCCACAGAUCCAAAAUGCUGUUUCCCAGCACGUGGACUCGCAAGGCUACAUGAUGAUGCUCCCAAGUGGGAGUGGGAGCCCAGACUCCUCUGCCCCAGCCAGCCCUCACAUCAGCAACAGAGGUGUCAGUCAGAGAGGUACUGUGAAUGACCGCACUGAGAAUGGAGAAUAUAUGGACAUGUCCCAGAGCAGGCCCACAGCAGCUGGACGAAAGUUAUCUAAUGAUAAUUACUACACGCUGACCACUCCUGAGAUGCCUAAAUCCUAUAGUCCCUACUUCUCCCUCCCACGCUCAUACAAAGCCCCGACAAGAGAUAGGAGUGAACACGAUGAAUAUGUUCCCAUGAGCUCACCAGCCAAACCUGCGUAUAACUCUGCUGCUGCCACAUCUGAGCACAGUGGCAGGUGUUCAUCUAGUGAUAUGGCCCAGCAUAAUGGCUGCAGUGAUGCUCAUGCAAUGGAUCGGCGGGUGACACGCCCUAACCGCCUUCCCCUCAGUCGACGCAGUUUUCAUGGCACGUCCCGGGCGAGCAAAGAACCUGAACGCCCCUCCAGUCCAGGAGAGUAUAUCAACAUUGAGUUUGGGGACCAGGCCACAAAUGCUGCCUGCGCUCACUCUGCAGAGGAUUCCCCUGCAGCCUAUGGCACCAGCUGGGAGCACAGGUGCUCUCCCCUCCCCCAGGACUAUAUGAGUGUGGAGGUGGAUGGCCUUCCGCCAAAAAGCCAGUCUCCACGGCCUUCUCUGGUGGCCCCCUGGAACCCCCCUUCAUAUAUUCGGCCCUUGGCCUCCUCAUCUUCUCACAGCAGUGGGGUGAGUGUGGGUCGGCCAGAUGACUACACAGAGAUGAGCUUUGGUCAAAGACAGGAAUCCAGAAGCCCUUCAGUCAUGAUGCAGCACCUGCGUGUUGUGGAACAGCAUUACUCAAGCUCAACUCCCCCUCCUGAGCCAAAGGUGAUCCUUGCAGACCCCCAGGGCAGGCGGAGACACAGCUCAGAAACAUUCGUCACUUCUUCAGAGGUGACUGGUGGAAGUGGCCCAAAUAGCAGUGCCCCAGUGCCUAGCGGUGCCCCUCAGGCAGGGGCCAGUAAAUGGCAGAGCUCGCCAUCCUUUGACAGCAUGUGGAUGUGUGUGGACAGCGUGCCAACAGGUGAUGCUGGGGAAACAACUGGCUUCUCCUCAGACAGAGCUGAAGCAAGUGCCUCCUCUACAAUGACUGAAAGGACACUAUCUGUGGAACACCAGAACGGCCUCAACUACAUUGCCCUGGACCUGAGAGAGGACCCCCGGGCUGUGGGUGCCCUUGAUGCCCCUCCCUCAUCACCCUCUGCUGUGCCCCUCCUGGAAAAUGGGGCCUAUGCCAGCAUAGACUUUACUAAAUCUGAGGGAAUCACUGCAGCUUCUAAAGAUUAAAGAUGAGCGGCUUAGCUGCAUUCGAGGGAAUUGGAGACCCACCCAGCCACAGACGACCCCAUCUCACACACUCUGCAGAAGCAACACCAGGGGACCUCCACUUGGAUUUUACGUCACGUCCUCCCUUAGAGUUCAUCAUUAUUUAAAACAACAGCAUUAUCUUUUGGAUCCGUGUUGUAUGAGUUUGAUGCUUUAUUAUAUUGCUCGUUUUGAUUUUUUUGACUUUUGAUUUUAUUUCUAUUGCUGCGUUUAAAAGGGAGGUUUGCUCACUAAGAUGCAGGGAGCCCAGCACACGACUCAUUUGGGGAGGUGCUCCGUUUGCAAGCCUACAUGCAUUGUAAUACUGACUAAAUCCAGUUUGUUUGCCACAUAGAUUUCAGGUGCAUUUCAUAAGAAUUUUAGCGUUUUUUUUUUAUAUCUAUUUUUUUUGCUGGACAGAAACACUGCAGAUAUUAGUAUUCAUUUUUUAGAGGUUUGCCUGUGAAACAUUAGGCUUUUGCUUUUUUUUUUUUUUCCCUUUCGUUUUUGGUUUGGAAGUUUUCAGGUUACAAGUGUUCCGCUCGCAGCUUGUGUGCUUCUCCAGCAAAGAAGUCCUCUACUCACACUAUCAGUGCUAUCCCAUGAUCCCUUGCAGGCAUCCCGCUGAGCUAUGACAUGCUAGAGUUGCGUCAACCCUACGUUAGGCCCCAGAAAAGAUGUGCUGUGCAUUCUCCACCCCUAACACACCCCCACACCCCCCAACCCUCCACCCGACAUCUCCUUAAUUCCUUGGUAGGGAACACCCUGCCUCUUCUCCUUUCUGCCAAAUAUUCAGGAUGGAUAGAGGGGGGAGGAGCAGAGUGGAAGAAAAGAGGAAGCGUCUAUUCUGGGACUAAACAAAAUGCCAGAUGAGGUCUGCUGCAGUCUCUGAACUCUAACAGGGCCAGCACAGGGUCAUGGAUAGCAUUGCCAUAAUUGACACAUAAAAACAGCUCUUCCAAAGGUUCCCCUCGUAAAGGAGCUGCAGUGUGGAACUUUAAGGCCUACACACGCACUAAUUCUGCUGUUAACUGAGAACAGACAACAUCAUGUUCCAGUGUACACUCUUAAAAAUGAAGGUGCCAAAAUGGGUGUUUAGAGCAGUGCCCCUGAAAUACCUUCAUCAGUGUGUAUACACCCAUCUUCGAAGAACUGAUUUUGAGAAUGAGAUAAGGAAAUGUGAUGAAGUUUUUUUUUUGAGAACUUUAAAACAUAGUGCACAGUAAUGUUUUGCUUAAUAUAAAAAAAAUAAUUUUUGCACAGCUAUGAGGGCUGAGUCAUUUAUUUUCAUUUGGAUACUUGCCUUAAUUAAAGGCCUAAUGCAACUAUAUGCAACAUGUUUUAAUAGUAUUGAACAUGUGAAUGUAGCUUGCCAUCAGCUACAAGAGCCCUGAGAGAGCACAAUUGGUCUUGCUCUCUCUGGGUGGGUAGAUGGCGCUCUCUCCUCACAUCACUCCAAAGGGUGAUGUCGCUCAGCACAAGGUGUCUGUGAGCUGAUGUAUCAGAACCUCAGAGUGCACUGUGAUGCUGUGAUCAGCAGCAGUUUGAAAAGAGGCGGUGGCUGACUUCACAUGUAUCAGAGGAGGCAUGUGCUAGUCUGUUGUGGCAUCACUAGUAAUAGAGAGAGUCCUAGUGAGUGGGUUGGGUAAAUGGCCUUGUAAAUUAACACUACACUGAGACUUAAUGCUCAUUUAUUCUCCCUUUAGUAUAAAAAUAUGGGUGGUAAUUGUUUCAGUAAACAUACUUCUACAUGUCGUGUACUAUGGCAUGCCUCUUAAGCAGGAAAUCCCCUAAAGGUAAAAGUUUCUGACACCAACAGCUACAUAGCAACAUACACAAAUAUCCUAUGUAAUAGCAAGCAUAAAUUAGUCUUUUUCUAUAUGUUUAAAGAUUUUUCACACAGUGGUCCUUACACCAGCCCUCAGAGACCACCAGACGGUACAUAAUUUUGACAAUUUGAUCAUUUUUAGGGUGGACUAGAGGACUGGUUUAAAAACCACAGCUUUAACGAACCCCCCAUACAUUGCAAUGGUUCUAUACCAGCUGACAUUUUCUUUCCUUAAAGGCAAAUGUCUAAAGCAGAAACCCUUAUUUUUAAGAGUGUAGACGAGAUGAUGUUGUCUUUAACCUGCCCAGCAUCAGGAGGCAAACCUACCACAGGUACGCUGUUAUAAUGAACACACCCAGAAGGUGGGCUCAUCAAAAGAAUGUCGUUAUCAGCACGCACAAUGUUGGAUUUAGUUUAGUUAGUGUUUUUAUUUCAUUUCCUUUCAGUAUUGUACACAUGGUGUGCCAUGCUUCAAGUGGGUACUUCCAGCAGGAAGACGUUGAACAGGAUUAAAGCUGAAUCUUUGCCUUACUGUUUGUGAUUUAACUGUUGUCUGUGUCGACCCUUUUUUAUGGACGAGUACUGAGAGUGAGAAAAGACAGAGAGAGAGCAAAAGAGAAAGCUACUUUUAUCUACAGCUUGCGAUUGACUUGUUUCAGCUUGCUAGGUACAUUAAAUAAAAGCCCUUUCUUUAUUUCAGUACAUUUGAUAUAACUGAACCAAAUGUGAAGCAUUUGAAUGGAUGCUUGUAUUAAUAAUAAAAAAAAGAAUCUAUAUGAAAAAGAAUAGAGAUAUUUUCAUGGUAUGUUGUUGUUGUAUAAUUGUUGGUACGGGAUGUUCAAAAAUGUGAAAGAAACUCGAGUCCUUAAAUGUUUCAGUCCCUUCUGGUUAAGGGAGCUCUUCCUCUGUGCCCCCUUUUUGUAUCAGACCCAUGUCUUAAAGAGCGCAGAUCACAGCAUUCAACUGUAAUUCAAAGGAAACCACACACACGAACAGGCCUUGUUUAAGACUGUUUUUAUAAGGUAAAAAGGAAACGGUACAGUAGAAAUGUGACGUUAACACACACUCUACUAUCUUUGGUUUUGGGUGCAGCAAAACUGUACCCAGAGAGUUUUUACCACUAAGAGAGAGCCCUGCUUUCAGCAUAUCGUUACACAUGGUCCAGCAUAGCAAGAAAAAGAUGAAGGAGGCAAAAUGCAACUGUUUGCUUUCGUGUUUCUCAAGUGAAUCUUUUGCGUCGUACUGUGUCACGGUUUCUGUUGAUUCAACACAUUUAGAGAAAGGACAGUCUAUAUUUCAACUGCUGAAAAAGAAAAAAAACACACGAUACAUGCAGAAGCGCAUCGUUAUGGCAUUAAUAUGCAAGUUCGGUUUAGUUUUCCUUUUAUUUUGUAUGUAGUUUAAACAACAGAGUUGAUCUUUUCUUUUUGGAAUUGUACGGAAUUAGUUAUGAGUAUUGAUUAUUGGAUCUUUUUUUUUGUUUCCUGAAUGAUUAAUUUAGAGAAAGAGUUUGAGGAAGUCAGGGCAAUCCUCAUAUCCUCAGAGUGAAUAGAUUUUUUUUUUUUCUUUUUUGCAGUUUUGUAAAACAAUGUUUUGGUACAGUUGCAUUUUAUUUGCUGCUGUGUGCGAAAAAAUAUAUAGUAAAAAAAAAGUGAAUGUUGACAAUGGCAAUCUUGAUGAUUACAAUGACGAUGACAAAGCUGUCAUGGUUUGUGUGUUUGGUUCAUUUGAAUGCUGUUGUUGGCAGAGUUGAGUUCUUUUAAUGGAGGAAAAAAGAAGAAAAUGCCUCCUGUGUUCAAUUAACUUCUGUUGUAGACUCUGAAAGGGAAAAAAACAAAAAAGAACAUUUUGACAACUGUGUUCAUGGCUGCGUCCAUUGUACAUACUGUUGCUUAUUUUUCCCUAUGUUGAUUUCUUUUCUCCUCUUUUUCCUCUGGGGGGAAAAGGAGAGUAAUGGCAGAUACAUUUUUGAGCGUUGCAUAGUGUUUAUAUUUAUCAGAUUUUUUGCUUUCAAUAGAGCAAUUGCAAUAAAAAUGUGGUAAUGUUA